UGCAUAAGUGACAGCACAAGAGGCAGGCUGGUUUAAUCGGUGAGUAUGGCAAACAACAUAGUAGUCGUCCAACCAUCAAUGGGAGCACCUCCAUCCGCACCCACAAUCCAAACCUGGAGCACAGGCCUCUGUGAUUGCUGUGAUGACAUGAGUGCUUGUUGCUAUGGAUUCUGGUGUUUUCCUUGCUUUGCCUGCAGCACCUCAGCAAGUUUUGGAGAGAACGUAUGUCUCCCCUUAUGUGAUAUUUUGAGCCCUGCCAUCACAGCAUACUGCGGGCUUCCUUUUUGUGCGCCUCCCGCACUCCUGUCUCUCAGGGUUGCCGUUCGACACAGAUACGGACUCCAGGGCACUAUCUGUAAUGACAUCCUGACAUCCUGUUUCUGUGAGCUCUGCGCCUGGUGCCAAAUAGCCCGUGAGAUAAAAAUUCGCAAGAAAACCCCAGCUAUUUCCAACAUGCAACAUCAAUCUCACAAUGUUUUGAUCAACAUGUAAAUUUUGGAGUGUAGCACUGCUAAGUCCUGUGGCUUAUAACAUCAAAACAAUGGUGCCCUGACGAAUGACCUGUGACUAUGCAUCAGAAACUGCACAGGUGAUUAGGGCUCAUUUUUAAUCCGACUGUUUGAACUGAAAUACUGGAGUUUGGUAUUGGGCAUAUAAAUGUUUUUUUAGCCAGAUUUUUUUUGUAAUAGUGAAAAUUUGCAGGUACCUAUCUGUACAAAAUAAAACUCUUGUGCAA